AUGGAAUCCGGUGCCAUACCCGACAGUGACAUCACUGCAUCCUCGUCCCAUCGUGACUUUGCGCCAUAUCAGGGACGCCUAAACGGAGUUGCUGGCCAUGGUGCGUGGGCCGCCAGGGCGAACGAAAUCGGACAAUGGUUGCAGGUGGAUUUGGGAGAGAUAAAGCGCGUCACGGGUACGGUUAUUCAGGGACGCCGCACAACCGAUUAUAGAGAUCAGUUUGUGACGUCAUACAAACUCCAGUAUAGAGCAGUGUGGAACAGUUGGACGACAUAUACCAGCAGUGAUGGCUCAGACAAGGUUUUUACAGGCAACACAAACGCACUCUCACCUGUGACGAACCUUCUAGACAACCCAGUCAAUGCCAGCCAUGUGCGUUUCGUGGUUCAGUCUUGGCAUACUCACAUCUGCAUGAGAGUUGAAGUUCUAGUAUGCAGCACAGUAUUUUGUUCCUCAAAGCACGUGGCAAAUGGAACUCUGACCUGGGACCUUCCCGGGGUCAAAUCUUCGCCCUUCAUUUUCGAGGUCAAGGUCAACACCAGCGGCAGUGGAUCGGGCCUCAUCUACCUCUACCGGUGGGGGGACAACACGACGGAGAAUCAGGAUGGGUAUCGCGUUGAACUCAGAUGUGGACAGUCUCAGAUAGCGAGAACUACAAAUGACACAGGCAGGGACACCGUUGCGAACAACUAUUCAACAGAUAUCACAUCGGCUGAAGAGUUCCGAAGGUUCUGGAUCUGCUGGUCGAAAGGCGGAAGUGUUGGUGUGGGCAGGGCUGGAGAGGUGGAACCCUUCAUGAGCUGGACAGAUCCUCAUCCCGUUACUGACAUUGGUAAAGUGGGGUACGGGACUUGGGAUGUACCUGGAUACUUCAUGUUCCACUGUACUCGAGCCUCGGUUGCCCCAGCCUGCCCUCGUCUACUUGGAAUGGAAUCUGGUGACAUAGCUGAUGGCAGCAUCACUGCGUCCUCGUUCCAUCGUGAAGCCUCUUAUACGUACGGUCUCGAGCCUCGCUACGGUCGGUUAAACGCAGCUCCUACACGCGCCUGGACAGCGGGGUACAACUUCGUCGGACAAUGGUUUCAGGUGGAUUUAGGGAAAAUGAAGCUCGUCAUGGGCACCAUCAUUCAGGGUCGACUUGAUCACGAGGAGCGCCAUUGGGUCUUUCCAGGCAAUGUCGACAUGAGCAUCCCUGUCACGAACCUACUGGACAACCCAGUUGAUGCCCGUCAUGUGCGUUUCGUCGUCCAGUCCUGGAAUAAUCACAUUUCCAUGAGGGUGGAGAUUGUUGGCUGUAACACUACUGCAGUCGCGCCCGUCUGUCCGUAUCUUCUUGGAAUGGAAUCUGGUGCCAUACCUGAUGGCAGCAUCACUGCAUCUUCGUUCCAUCGUGAAAGUUCCUCUAGUUACGGUCUCGAGCCUCGCUACGGCCGGUUAAACGUCGCGCCUACACGCGCCUGGACAGCAAAGUACAACCUCGUCGGUCAAUGGUUGCAGGUCUUUCCAGGCAAUGUCGACAUGAGCCUCCCUGUCACGAACCUACUAGACAGCCCAGUUGAUGCCCGUUAUGUGCGCUUUGUGGUCCUGUCCUGGAAUGAUCGCAUUGCCAUGAGGGUGGAGAUUGUCUUCCCAGGCAACGUCGACGUAAGCCUCCCUGUUACGAACCUACUGAACAACCCAGUUGUUGCCCGUUACGUGCGUUUCGUGGUUCAGUCCUGGCAUAACCGCAUCGCUAUGAGGGUGGAGAUUGUGGGCUGUAACACCAAUUCACUGUAG